CAACAGAUGCAUGUUUUGGGGCUGACUGCCCUUUACUGCCUAUCCUCAAGUGCCGCUAUGAAGUUCAUCUCGCUCACUACUAUGAUUAUAUCUGUCGCAGUGCUGGCGAAGAUUGUUACAGCAUCCGACCACACCGGCGGGUGCUUCCAGAACAGUAUUGGUGCGGAACGCUCGCAGAUUAUAACAAUAACUUUCCGUAGUUGUAUUUUUCUUGCUUGCCAUGUUUAUAAUAUCAUAAUGAUACAGCACAGCUGUCUCCGUAAUUAAUGGUACUGGCUGGCGCUGGGGGAAUAGCCAUGAGGGUUUGAAAGAUGUUGUUGAGGCUCAAGAACGUAUUCAAAUAAGUUUAUGACUCCACGUUCAGCUGCGAUAUCCACAUCAGUCUGACUUUGGGCUACAACUAUGAGCAACGUGAAAAUCUCACCCGUCAUUGAUUGUUUUGGCUUCUCCACAUAUAUACCUUCAGCUUUACGUCAGCCAGUUCUCAUGGAGCCACGUCUAGAGAUAUCGCAUUGCCACAGCGCGGCAUUGUGUUGCUUCGUCAGAUGCACAGUAGGUGCAUGUUUUUGGGUUGACUGCCC